AUCUCUCUCUCUCUCUGUCUCCCACCACCUAUCUUCCCUCCCCAUGUGGGCGGCCUCGAGCUCUGCUUAGGUCUCACAGCUGUGCUCUCGUUGGUUGGGUGAUCCGCCCCUUGUCGGCUCCUUUCAACUCGAGAGCUCCGGGACAGCGAGAUCUGCGCUGUCGCCGCCUUACCUUUCUUACGAGCUCGCGUGCAGGCAGGCACUGAGCAGUGAGCUCCCCCCCGUCUUCCUCAGCCUCGUUUCCCCUCUCGUUGCUGGAUCUGGCUCGCAAGAUCCAAUCUUUCGUGCCCCCUUUUUCCAAAGAUCCUCGCUUGGGUGGUUCUUCCUGGAGAUUGCUGGGAGGAUGCAGCACGACCAGAAGAAGAAGGCACCUUCAGAGAUGGAUUUUUUCACAGAGUAUGGCGAAGGCAGCAGGUACAAGAUAGAAGAGGUCAUAGGCAAAGGCAGCUACGGCGUGGUUUGCUCUGCCGUGGACACUCAUACUGGCGAAAAGGUCGCUAUAAAGAAGAUAAACGACAUCUUCGAGCAUGUGUCUGAUGCGACGCGGAUACUCCGGGAGAUCAAGCUGCUUAGGCUCCUGCGGCAUCCGGAUAUUGUGGAAAUAAAGCAUAUCUUGCUCCCUCCGUCGAGGAGGGAGUUCAGGGAUAUAUAUGUUGUCUUUGAACUCAUGGAGUCUGAUCUGCACCAAGUUAUAAAGGCUAACGAUGACUUGACCCCAGAGCAUUACCAGUUUUUCUUGUAUCAAUUGCUUCGAGGAUUGAAAUACAUACAUACAGCAAAUGUAUUUCAUCGAGAUCUCAAACCAAAAAAUAUUCUGGCAAAUGCUGAUUGUAAGCUCAAAAUAUGUGACUUUGGCUUAGCAAGAGUAGCUUUCAAUGAUACUCCAACCGCCAUCUUUUGGACGGAUUAUGUUGCAACUAGGUGGUACCGAGCACCAGAGUUGUGUGGAUCUUUCUUCUCCAAGUAUACACCGGCGAUAGAUAUAUGGAGUAUUGGCUGUAUAUUUGCAGAAUUGUUAACUGGAAAACCUCUUUUCCCGGGGAAAAAUGUGGUACAUCAACUUGAUAUAAUUACAGAUCUCCUUGGAACACCUUCUCCCGAAGCAAUAUCAAGGAUUCGUAAUGAAAAGGCCAGGCGCUACUUGAGCAGUAUGAGGCGAAAAAAGCCUAUACCGUUUACGCAAAAGUUCCCAAAUGCAGAUCCACUUGCACUAUGUUUGUUAGAGCGAAUGCUCGCUUUUGAGCCAAAAGACAGGCCAAGUGCUGAAGAGGCUCUUGCUGAUCCUUAUUUCAAGAAUAUAGCCAGUGUGGAUAGAGAGCCUUCUGCACAGGCUGUCACAAAGCUUGAAUUUGAAUUCGAGAGGCGGAGAGUUACAAAGGAAGACAUAAGGGAGCUUAUAUAUAGGGAAAUUCUUGAGUAUCAUCCAAAGAUGCUGAGGGAGUUUCUUGAGGGAACUGAGUCAAGUGGUUUCAUGUACCCAAGUGCAGUAGAUCAUUUUAAAAAGCAGUUUGCAUACCUUGAAGAACAUUAUGCCAAGGGAUCUACAGGAACUCCACCUGAGAGGCAACAUAAUUCAUUGCCGCGGCCGUCUGUUGUCUAUUCCGACAACCGAUCACAAACCACAGCCAACAUCACCGAGGAUCUUUCCAAGUGUAUGCUCAGAGAAAAUACACAGAAGACACAUCCAUAUUCUGCUUCUGUUGCAAGUAAAUUUCCACCACAUGUUCCUCAAGGUGAUGUUGCAAGGCCUGGUAAAGCAGUUGGUUCGGUGAUGCAGUACAGCCCAUGUCCAGCGCCUGCUGCCGAGCGAUAUGAGCAACGAAGAAUCGCUAGGCACCCAGCAGUUGCCCCAAACAAUAUCCCUUCUGGAAGCUCAUACCCCAGAAGAAGCCAGACCUGCAAGAGUGAGACAGGUGAUGCCGAAAGCCAUAUGGAUGCGAACCAAGCUCGGCAGCCAAAGCCAUAUGCAGCGAACAAACUACCUGCUACCGUUGAUAGUCGUGGUGGUCACUGGUAGGAUUUCUGCGGUGCACCAGAAAGCCAUUCCAAACCGUUUCUUAACAUGUUAUCAGUAUCGAUUACUUCUGCUGAGUGCUACAUUAUUCUGACAAAUCCAGAAAUGUAGUUCUGUACAGAUUUGUGUUCUUUUUCCGGAUACCUGAAUACCGAAAGACUGUACAACUGUAGUUUCUGAUUCCUACUCCUUGUCGCUAUUCAAUCGCUAAAGGAUCUGUCCCUGGUGGAGAAGAACCGGCAGAUUCAAUGCAAUGUUCUUGACUGACGUCAUGGAUUUUGUUCUUCAACCUGGUAGCUCUGAAGACGAAUUGAAUAGCUGCUAGUUUCUGCUAAUCAUCUACAGUCAGGUGCAGAGUGUUCUGGGAGCUAGUUCUGAAUAUCACUGUCACGCUGUAAUCUGCACGUUUCUGAGCUCCUAACUUCUAAGCAUGCCACUACCGUAUCCCUUUGUAAUUUAAUCAGCUGUACCAUCCAGUACUCUGUUUACAUUUGUAGAAACGCUCUGCAAAGAAGCUAUUAUGUGGGAGUUUCUUUGCUAUUAUUAU